GAAAACAACACAAACAAAAAAGUAAUUUUAGAAAUUGCAUUGAAUCUGAGUGGAUUUCAGCUAGCUAGCUAGCUUGUUGGCCAGCUACUAAGUAUCUAUAGCUUGGCUAUGUUCUCAAAAGAGUAUCGUCCUCUAAAGCGGCCCAGAAUAGGUGUUCCAGACUACUACCCUCAAGACUCCAAGCAGAAGGAGGAUGAAUUGUCACAUAACAAUGUGACCAAUGGAUAUCGAUCUGCGUCCGUACUGCCAUCUGGGGAAGAGUUUAAAGGAGCACUGAAGGACUUCAAUCAACACUUUCUAACAACUAAAGAGUAUUGCCUCAAAGUGAACCAAGUGGAGGAUGAGCGACGACGGCGGAGAUGGGUCCAGGACAGCGAGAAGAAGAAACUCCAGGUCUCUAAAGACAACUUCUUUCCCGUUCCACUGGGCAGGAAUCGCAAAGAGAUUGCCACCCAGUGGUUCCAGGACCUUGCCUCCAGCAAGCCACUCUCACAGCUGGCCAAGAAGGUACCCAUUUUCAACAAGAAGGAAGAGAUAUUUGACAACCUCUGUGAGAAAGAUGUCCCCAUAUCUCGAGCAGCUUGGUAUAUUAAGAUGAGCUCUGCUUACAAUGUGGUGAUGACUGAUUCCAAACUCGCCAAGAAGAAGCAAACUGCAGAUCCGUCCUUUGAUUGGACGAUAUCGUUGACCAAGUACAUGCAGGACAGUUGUUGGCGUAUCUGCAAUGAGUCACAGGUGAUGGGUCGUCAUGACACUCACGGAGGCCGCACCUCCUCCACCAGCGGACGACAGUCACCGUCAGACGAGACUCUCCUGGAGAUAACCCACUGGCAGUACAUGCUGCAUCUAUCCAGCUGGCUAUAUGAGGAGAACCUGCUGGACAAGCAUGAGUUCAUUCGCUGGUUGGUGGACCGAGUCGAGCAUGUCAAGUCUGCAGACACAAAGGCCCUCCAGUUACACCUCCCUCUAGUUCUCAGGCACCUUCUGGACAUUGCCAACUGUGUGUCCCUGGCCAGACCUCUAGUGACCUACUGCUGUGAGAGACUGGUCGCUCUGUAUGAGAUGGAGCAGCGACUGCAUAAGCUCCACCCACUGAUCAAGCAGGAGCCUCUUGAACGAGUGCUGGAGACUAACGAAGAUGACUCUGUCUUCAAUGAGCCCUCCAUCAAGCAAGAGCCAGGCAGACCAUACAAAGACAGCAGGUCAUUGAAGAUGUCUACCUCUGAGAAAAAAGAGGAGCGUAGUCCUGCCCCCGUCAUCAGCGGCCCUAACGAUGAUGACUUGUACUUCCACUGGUGCUCUCAUCAUCAAGCAGUGAUGCUGGAGCUGGUGUGUGUUAUACAAACCAUUGCCAUUCGUUGCCCUACAGCAUUCGUGCAAAUCAAGAUGCCUGGAGGUCGUGGUAUCCUGAUGCGUGAGGGUGAUAAGAUCUCCUCCCCCCUCACAAUCCUCCCAUGCUCUCUGUCACAGCUACCCAUGCCCACCAGUCUCAAGGCAGACCUACAGAAGAAGUUGCUAUCAGGCCUGGUGGCAGCAGAGGCCGAGAUCACACAGCGGAACAAAGCUUCUGAGAGCAGGUGGUCUUCAAUGACUGUAGCAGACCUCCAAACAACCUCUGAAGGCUCCAAUGUGAAGCAGAUUCUGAAACUACUAGAUGUGCUAGACAAGAGUUCUUUCACCAGCUGCCGAGCUCAUAACCCUCUCACCACUCUCUACUGUCAGAUUGCCGAGGUUCAAAGGUCAAGCGAUGCUCCUCUCUCUGACGAAAUGUUGACUAUGUUGUUGUGCAAGUGGACAACUACACCACAUCGCUAUGGCGACCACCGGCCGCUGGUAACAGCACAGAUCCUCUGGCAGAGACAAAAUGAUAUUAUAAGAGGUGUGAGUUGGAGUGAGAGCUAUGAUAUGGACCAUUUGGACGAGGGAUGGGAGGAGUCAGGGAGCGUGGAGCGACUGUGUGAUACCCCAUACCCCCUACAGCAUAUACUCAUCAAGUUCCUCGACACAAGGGCACCCCUCCCUGAUGACCUCUCAGCUCCUAUGCAACCCACCGAGCCGUUCUUCAAGCUAGUGGUUCUUUUCGCUGAGCUAAUUCGAUUGGACGUCUUCUCGUAUCGCCUUUUUCUCUCCACCCUCAUUGCCCGAGGAGAGUCACGCCCUCCAAUCAUCCCUUGUCUCCCAUUUGCACGAGACGGUGAUAGUGACAAAUCACGCAAGAGACAACACUCAGAGCCGUUGAAUCUCUCUAUCCCUCUCCCUCUCCCAGCACUCAAGAAGCUACGAUACGACCAGUCUGAAGUGAACAUUGCAUCGGGCCCCAAUUCCCCAAUGAGCUCAUCGUUUGGUGGAAUCGGUCUCACCUCUGCUCUGGACUCUCUGAUAACAAGCUCUUCCCCUAUCUAUCAACAAGAAGGUGAGAGUACUACUAUAAUGGAGGACAGGGCCAAGAAGCUGAGGAUGCUGGAACAUGAAUCAUCGCAACUGUCUCAGAUUAUGUCUCCCAUGGAUUUCAACACACUAGCCACUGACACAGAUGCACCCAACUCUCCGAUAGCCACUUCGAAAACGGACCCUUUCAACUUCUCACUCUCUCUACUGGACGAUGAUCAUGUUCUGGACCUGCCCCUGAACAUGCAUUCCUCGAGACACCUCCUCUUUGCAGCUUACUUCCCCAUAGCUGACUCCCAACUUUCCCAGCAGUGCAGCAACGAGCGUAAUAUUGUACUCUGUGGUGUGGGCAAGUCUAGGAACAAGGUGGAGGCCAUUGUGAAGAAGAUAACUGAAGAAGUAGAGCAUUACUAUCGACUGCUGGGUGACAUUCAAACACCAGUGCUCCCAGAGGAACGACUACAGAGUAGUAUGACCAGCUACCAAUGUCUGCCCACAUUUGAACAGAAUGUUAUUGCAACAUCUUGUGAGAAGAAGCUUCGACGGUCCCUCUCGCCCUCUGGCAAGAUCUAUCCCGGCUGUGCUCAGUUGGUGUUUGUCUGUGAGCUUUUAAAGGUGUGUGGGAGCAUUAGUCAGAUUCUGCAGCUCCUGGUGGACAUAAUAGCGUGCAAUGCGUUCAUUGGAGAUGACGAGGAGAGCAGGAGGUUUAUGGACCCCCAUCGAGGACCACCCCCUCUGCCUACUGAACUCCGCCUACCUGUGAUUGGUGUGCUCCAGAGGUACUCGUCAUGUCUGAUGCUUUCACAACAGGACACAGCUCUCGUAUUUGAGGGAUUGUUUCGGAUCUUGAGUGCCUCCCCGAAAAGUCCCUCCUCUCACAAGACAGUGUUCCUCUUCCUUCACAAGCUCUACACCGACUGCUCCUACCUUCAGAAGACCUUCAGAUCCACCAACUUUGGUAACUACUGCGUCCAAUAUGGGGAGAAGUUUGGCCUCUCCACAGAGUGGUACAAACCCACCGUCACUGAGGGCGACUGGCAGCGGACAAACAUACUACAGAUGCUCUCAAAGCCAAGUAACUGUGACAUAAGCAGCCUGUGCACCAUGCUCAAGCCUGGCAUGGCCCCUUACUUCAAUGCCACCUUCGUCUUUGCAGUGGACGUCUUCUCACUAGCAUGUCAGAAAACUGUCAACUGUGAAAUGCUGAGUCAGCUUGCUUUCAUCUGUGCGGAGGUGUGCUGUGAUAGAGGGGUGAGCGUGAACUCUGAACUCUUGGGGGCGUUCCGUGCUCUGUGUAUCCCCAAUCAGAGCAACACCAAAACUGGCUUCACUGCACUCACCAACAAGAGCAAUAUAUUGAUAGACCCUGGCAUCCACUCAAGUCUUCUUGUCUUUGUGUGCCUCCUCAUCUCACACAACAUCUUCCACCUACAAGAUGUGAUUGUGUACAUCAUCACUGCAGUGAUCCAUGUCCAGUUCAGUGGCUCCUCCCACCAAAAUCAUCGCUCCCUCGAAUUUGCAACCUCUCUUAUUGUUCACCUCCUGGUUCCCGACUAUUCUGAGAGCCAUUCGAACGCAGAGCACUCGCCUGCAGUGAGACUGCCCCCAUUCGUACAGGACACUCUACACUCUAAGUGCAGGGAGCUCAACCUUGGCUAUGUGAUCCUACUGCUCAAGAAUCUGCUGAAGAUCAGCCAAACGAAUGUUUCCAGGGGAACCAAGACGGGUUCACUGCUAGUUCAGUCAUCAGGGCCUGGUAAUGAAGCUACCCUCAGCAAGGUGAAAGCCACCCUUGAAACCGUGGCAUCCCAGGACUGGGUUCAGGACAAGUCCAGCAUGCAGGGCUCUCGACUGCUGGAAUCAGACAUGCUUGGGGACACAAGUUUGACCCCCUCACAGGCCCGUUACCUCCUCCAUCUCCUCUGCCCCUACUCCACCACAGCACUGCCCUCAGACUGUGGGAAGCUGGCCAAGACUGACCCACACCCCUCACUCGAGCAUAUACUCAAGAAUCUGGACCAGUGGACACUUCGCAAUGCCCUGCUCCAUAUUGAUGUGCAUGUGCAGCAGGCGACUACCGUGGCCCGCACAUCUCUUCAGGACCACCUGGCCAGUGUGGUCAUUCACAUUUUCGAGGAUUCCUGUGGAGAUGAGUUCCUCGGACAAACGAUUGAGUGCAGCGUGGAGAGUGGGGACGGAUCUUAUAGCCCCCGUGUGUGGUUGGUGACACCUCUCAUCUCUCAGCUAACACAGUCUGUGUUGGGACGAGUGCUGAAGAGUGCUGGCAAUAUCCUGGGUCAGGGGCAAUGGUGGAAUCCUGAGAAGAACCAAGAGAAGAGACGAUCUACCAGAGCAACCAGUGGAGUGGCUCCACCCAAGACGGGUCUCCAGUGGCAGCAGCCGUUCCUAGAGCUGGUCCUGGCCUGUAUGCACGCUCAGACCAACACUCACGAGGAGUUGCUCCAUCCACUCAAGUCUCAGCUCUCCACCUUUCUCAAUGCUUUCGACAGGGAGGGUACUCCAGCUGACGAACAGAGCAAGACAAUGUUGUUUGCUGCUAUUAAACUCCGGCUCAGUCUGGUGGGCUCCAUGCUUGGCUCUAUCUGCUCUAGUGAGACCUUCACUCUGGAAUGGGUACCUCUAAUCAUGCAACUCAUCUGUUCAGGGGCCGUGGAUCGACAGACAGACACGAGUGAGCUGUUCACCAACUGCCUUGACAUGCUGUGCACACUCCUCCACUCUCUACCCUUCGAGUUUCACAACUGUCUCGCCACGGCCGGAGAAGAAGGAAAGAAAACCUACAUCACCUGUGUUAAGAAACUCAAGUCUGAACUGAAUGGAGCCAAGUCGUAUUGUGUGGGGGAGAUUCAGCAGCUGUUCCCCCUCUCCCAAGAGGCCUACACCAUCACCACUGUGAAGCAACCAGACUCUGUCAGUCUCAAGACCUCCUUCAACACUUACUCUGAGAGAAUCAAGGGCUUGAGAGUACAAGACACUCGUGAUAUUUCACCGUGGGACAUUCUAGAGGGUGUCAAAAGCAAUGGACCGCUAAUGCUCUCCUGGUUUGGAGGUGUGCGGGUGAAGAGAAAACCGCUAAGGUUUGAGGAGCAAAGAUGGCUACUUCGAUUCCACACUCAUCAAGACCAAUUCAAGGACAUGAUGUACCGUCCCAGUUUUGUUAAGCUCCCUGAAGCAGUCGCCGUGGAAGUUAGCGAUACAGUAAAAUUACCAGAAGAUGGACAAACACCAAUGGUUGAAGUAGGGAAAGUGCUUGGAAGAGAGGCCAAAGUUGUACAUGUAGAUCAGAAGUCAAUAGGGCAACUUGGCCCAGGAGCAACCAACAAUCAACCCCAACAGUCUCAAGUGAUGCCUCGAGUACCCACACAAAUUAACCAGCAACAGCAGUUCCAAAUAAGGCCUAACAUUGUUCCACGGCCGAUGCAACCCGUGAUGAGCCAACAGCCUGGUGUGUUGGAACGGAUGUAUAAUCAGCCAGGCACUUCCAUGAAUGACAAACAAGCCAUUUUGAAUCAAAUUAGACAGCGAGCUCUAUUUCAAGAAGCUGUGAGAAACAGGGCUAAUCCCCAAGGAUAUGGCCCCCGACCCCCAAUAUACACCCCGCAGCAGAGAAUGAUGCAACAACCUGGCAUGAACUACAGCAACAAUCCAGCGGUGAUGCAGAGAAUGAUGUUACAACAGCACCACGAAAAGAAAGUAAUGGCACAACGACUGCACCAACGUGCUCAGAUGGCCAUGCAGCAGCAAGCACAGUUUCCGGGAGGCUAUCAUCCGGGAAUGCAAGCAGGUGGGAUGCAACCGAUGCAAGCUAAUCCCCCGGUUCCCAUGCAUCAGGUGCUGCAUCAAGGGGGAUACAGCCGAGCCAUGAUGCCACAACAAGCACCCGGGAGCAUGAUGGUGCCUGGCAACCAGCCCAGAAUGCAGCAGUAUCCACCCCAACACCCCUCGGGGAUGAACACUAUGCACAGACAGUUCUAGGUAGAUGAAUACAACUUAUUUUUUCUCAAUUGUCGGCUUUUCUCAAUUUCAUGCACGGUGUAUAUCGAAUAGAAAUUUCUGUUCGUUUAUCUAUGGCUCUACCAACGA